AUGAGCCUACAAUGGUCGCCGGCAAAUACAAAUGACAACUGCAGCCGAGAAGGACCAAAUCCACCUGGAGUAAAAACUCCCCCAAUGAGUCCUUCUCCGAGGGGUGCCCGGGGUGGGGUGACGACCGUGCAGCUGGCACAACUCGGGGACCGGAACCGACUCGAAGGGGCCCAGGGGAAGAUGCUGCGUCAAGAGAAGCGAAGCAAGAAGCGCCAACCGGGAGGCGAGCGACGUCGCCCCCCAUUCCCCGGGGAGGUGGGGAGAAGCCAAGUCGCCAGGCACGGGCACCAGCGCACGCCACCCGCAGGAUCGGUCCCCUCUCAAAGCCCGGAGUUCCGGGACAGGAGAAAUGGGGAACCCACAGUCCCUUUAAACCGCCUCCACACACACACACCCCCGCCCCGCCACCAGCCCCGGUGUCUGCCAACCUUUUCCGAACCCUCGUGUCACAGAACUUCCUCAUCAUGGAAACUUCCACUCGGCUCGGCGCUGAGGAUGCCAAACUCCAUGUCACAAGGAGGCUGUCAACAGCCGGGCUCGGGGCUUGAGGAACACCGCCGCCCCAGCCGCCCCGCUCCGCCGCUGCCCACGCCGCGGCUCCCCGAGCGGUGCCCGGGCGGAGAGGGCACCUCCUCCCCCCAGGCGGGGCGCGAACCCCCGGAGGCGGGUACCAGGGCGGCUGACACCCCACCCACGCCCGCCCGCGCGCGCGCGCGCGCGCGCGCCCGGCGUCGCCGCUCGCACCCCGUGGGUUCCCGCGACACCCCGCGUCGCCCUCCCGCCCACCCCCCGGACGGCGGGGACCGUCGCCCCCUCCCCCGCACCCCCGCCUCCGCGCCGUCCUCCGGCCAAAUUACCGGUGUCCUCCAGCCGGCCGGGUCGGGCGCCCCUGCCCGGGGAAGGCCGCCUGCGGGCGCUGCCCGAGCCCGGGAGCAGAAGGUCUCCUUCCCCGGCGCACUCACAUUAUUCAUGCAAAGUUAA